CCCCUCAGCUCUUCUGCUCUGUGUUGCUAGCAGGGCUCAGUGCUGUGUCCAGAAGAGACAACAGCAGAGGAAAGGCAUAGUAGGUGAUAGAGGGAAAAUUUAAAAGUUAGAGAGGGUGCAGAAGAGAUGGAGAAGUUUACGAAAUGAAGGCGUUUUUUUCUUCUAGUUGUUGUUUUUUUAAUAGUGAGUAAAGGGAAUAAGUAGUAAUAAUCUCCUUCACACUUCUUUUAUUACAUUCUUUGUAAGCUCUCUGGCUUAACCCAAGGGAUUCUUUCCUAUGACGCAGAAAAGAAGAACCCUUGCCUGAGGACACGUCUCAGAGACAGGCCGAAUAAAGCUCUUUGCCUCUGACUGGAUGUUCUGAGAAUACCACUAGCACAACAUGAGCAACGAAAACUUCACCUUUUUUGAUGACAUAAUCUACGGUCACCCACUUUGUGAUGGAUGGUUCAACACUACAGAGGGUGCCAUCUACCAUCUGGGGAACACUAUCCUCUUUUUGGGGUACAUGGGUGGAAGUGGGGCUUAUGGAGCACUUUACAUCUUUAGCUUUCUGGUUCCUGCUUUCAUCUGUCUGGCCGUGUGGGGCUGGCUGUCCGUGUGUGGCCUUGAUGUCUUCAUCUGGAACCUGGUGCUGAUGCUGCAGUGCCUCCUCCAGGUGUGCCACCUGAUCUUUCGGCUGCUGCAAGAAGGUUUAUCAAGCGAGGAGCUUUCUGCGCUCUACUCUGCCGUCUACCUGCCGCUGGAUGUACCUGUGCAGGUGUUCAAAGAGAUCACUGCUGCCUGCGAGAACAGAGUGCUCUCCCUGGAGGCUGAAGAGACCUACGCUAUAGAGGGAAAAACACCUAUUGACCAACUCUCUUUUCUCCUUUCUGGAAGGAUUCGAGUGUCUUUAGAAGGACAGUUCCUUCAUUACAUCUUCCCACAUCAGUUCCUUGAUUCUCCUGAAUGGGAAUCCCUCAGGCCUACGGAGGAGGGGAAUUUCCAGGUGACCCUGACAGCAGAGACCGAUUGCCGAUACAUCUCCUGGCGGCGACGACGCCUAUAUCUCCUGCUAUCUAAGGAUCGCUUCAUUGCUCGUCUCUUCUCUCUAAUGCUUGGUAGCGACAUUGCGGACAAACUGUACUCACUGAAUGACAAACUCUUUGCCAAGAGUGGGGUACGCCUUGACAUCCGCUUGCCCAGCCUCUACCAUGUUCUUGCACCCUCCCCGCCAGGCAGCGAGAGGGACAGUGCCAGUUCCCCACCCAGGGGGAGCCAAGGGGAUCAGAUCUCAGGGACCCUGGAGCCAACACCCACCAACCAGCAUGUAGAUGCACCACCAUCAACACAGCAUCGGCAGGGGAAGGACCCAAUGCCCAACCCUCAGGCCUCUCAGCGACAGCCCUGGCCCUCGGACACUGAGAUGCCCUCUGAAGGUGACACUCCUGGAAGGUUUCCACAUCGACCCCAAAGAGGACGGGCUCCACUGGCUCCCACGGACACCCCAAGGCUCUAAAAAUAGUCUAAUCCAUAAACAAAGCAUACCAUGGUCUUCAGCAGAACUAGAGCCUCACUACAGCCACUACCAGUGCCUCAUUUCCUCUGUUGUCAUAGGUUAUGUUUAACUAGCGACAAGAACAAGCACACUGAAUGGACAACACAGGAAGGUUUUUAAAAGGAUUUAACUAUUUGAGGUUACUAGGAAAGCACACAUAAUCCCUUCCCCUGGCCUCACUCCACAAAGUCAGAAAGCGUUGUUGCCAGUGUGUAGAUACUAUUACAUUCAAUUCCACAUUGCUUCCAUUGCAGUUGAACUAUUUUUGUCACAGUUGUUGUUUGUCUUUAGACACUGUAGCUUUGUAAUUUGGAAGGAAGUAGGGAGGAUGUUUCACUUCACAUUUGAUCUCAGUCCAUCCCGCCCUGGGAUCAAACCUCACUGUGCUUCUUAAUUUCCUCACAUCAUGCUGUGUUCUGUAACAUAACAUACAGUACAUAUAUUUCUGCACAAGAUACUCAUGAAUACAACAGCAUAUUGAGUUACAACAGUCUUUAUUCACAGUAUUAGAUUAACAGUAUUAGACAGUAAUUUUAUUGGGGCCAAUUGUAUUAAAUAACACUUAUGCCAGCCUGCAAAAUCUUUGUCUGGAGUAGAUUAGAUAAAUUCAUGUCCUGGUCUGCACAUUCACUGGCUGAGAAUUAAUGGCACCCUUGAUAGGGCAAGAAGGCGAAAAUAUGUAAAUAUCUUGUUGUUUAACAGCUUGAUCUAAUACUAAGAAUCCCAGAUAACUCUUUAGAAACCUCAUAACAUAAAAAGUAUAAUUUUUAAAAGCAUAUUAUAAAUUACUGUCAUAUUUAAAAGUAUAUGCAGGCUUCCUCAAACCCAACAUGUUAUUGGUUGUCAAACCGUGAUAUGCCAUUGCCAACACGACUAAAACAUUUUAAUAUUUCUAACAUUGGUUUAAGUGUGGUAUUCCAAGGGUGUACUCAUACUAAGCACAGUUUGGUUAAAUUGUGCUGCAGCAUGGUUCUGCCCACUCCCACUCCCCCGCUGGCCUGCACUCACACUGCGUUUAAACAAUCCGUGCCCGAGCACGCUUACGUCAUUUACUGCUCAGUGGGCUUGCCGUUGUCCUGCCACAUUAGCAGCCCCACCAUGAAAAUCACCCUCUCUCAGGAGUGCGUCUUCUUGAUAAAAGCGAAGAUAAUCCGCAUUAUUCAUGGUUAUCUCAGUCAUAGUUACAUACAUAGUGAUACAGCGCGAGAGAGGGUGCUUUUUCUAAUGGCGUAGCUGAAUUCGACACAACACCCCCCCAUGUUUCUGUAGAAAUCACUGACAUUAUCGUGUUCCAUGCUCAGACACAGAUCGCGCUCAAACUGCAGGCGUAAAGAGCCCGAGUCCAAGUGAGCGCUUAAAGAGGUGGGCCAUGGCACGGUUCGUAGCGAUCACACUAGUCAAUUGAGCCGUGCUUUGGGAGGAAACCGUGCUUAGGCAAGGCACGGAUUGCCUAGUGUGAGCACACCCUUAGACAAUAAAAGAGCCAUUUCAGAAGCUGAUCAUGCAUAACAAAAUUCAUUAGUAAAAAAAACACAAAUCUUCACUGUUAAGCAUGGUGGUGGAUGGAUCUGUAAUGUAAGGCUUUUUGACAUGACAUUAUGAACCCAAUAAAUGCUGAUCUUCCAGUAUAGCAAAAGACAAAAGAAAAAUUGGUUCAUAGAAUCAAUCUUUUAGCUAACAUCUGCUAAAAAAUCUCUAGAGUGAGCUAAGAUAAAAAUAAAAACGUGCAUACUUUUUUUCACUGGCUGAUUGUGCAUACAUAGCCUUUUUUUAACUCAGGGGCAGUGUGUUUUAUUUUUAGCAUAUAACUAUAAAACAUGAACCAGACAAAAAAAAAAAAAAAACAGUGUACCUCCAGGAUUUUACUAAUUACAUGUAAUUACUGUUGCUCCAUAAUAUAAUAAGGGCUGUUAAUAACUGAUGCAUUUGUACAUGGUAUUUUACACAUUAUACAUGUAAAAAUGUGUGAUUCUGUAAGAACACUUAAAUAAAUGCUGUUGACUUUAA